AAUAGCUGUCAAGCAAGUAACCCUGCUUGCAUCCGAGAGUUCGAAGAAGAUCACAAAUUCAAGUAGGCAAGCUAGCCACCAUACAAUGGGCAAGGAGGUUGACAUGGCUGCCCUCGAGUCUGGCGGCGCACGGGACUACGCGGACCCUCCGCCAGCGCCGCUCGUCGACAUUGAUGAGCUCGGCAAGUGGUCCCUGUACCGCGCGGUGAUCGCGGAGUUCGUGGCUACGUUGCUCUUCCUCUACAUCACCGUGGCGACGGUGAUCGGGUAUAAGCACCAGACAGACGCUUCGGCGUCCGGCGCCGACGCGGCGUGCGGCGGCGUGGGCAUCCUCGGCAUCUCGUGGGCGUUCGGCGGCAUGAUCUUCGUCCUGGUCUACUGCACCGCCGGCAUCUCCGGUGGCCACAUCAACCCGGCCGUGACGUUCGGGCUGUUCCUGGCGCGCAAGGUGUCCCUGGUGCGCGCGCUGCUCUACAUCAUUGCGCAGUGCCUCGGCGCCAUCUGCGGCGUCGGGCUCGUCAAGGGGUUCCAGAGAGGGCUGUACGACCGGUACGGCGGCGGCGCCAACGAGGUCAGCGCCGGGUACUCCAUCGGAACAGGGCUCGCCGCCGAGAUCAUUGGCACCUUCGUGCUCGUCUACACCGUCUUCUCCGCCACCGAUUCCAAGCGCAACGCUCGUGACUCCCAUGUCCCGGUAUUGGCGCCGCUGCCAAUCGGGUUCGCGGUGUUCAUGGUGCACCUGGCGACGAUCCCGAUCACCGGUACAGGUAUCAACCCGGCGAGGAGCCUCGGCGCCGCUGUCGUCUACAACAACAGCAAGGCCUGGAGUGACCAGUGGAUCUUCUGGGUGGGGCCAUUCAUCGGCGCGGCGAUCGCAGCUCUGUACCACCAGAUCGUCCUCCGGGCCAGCGCAAGGGGAUACGGCUCCUUCCGGAGCAACGCCUAGAUCGCCCACCCGUCGAUGGAGGCAAUUGGCCUCUGUCUCCUUCAGGGUUUAAGAUGAAUGGAGAGGGUGUGUGUGUGAUGGUUAUUUGCCAGUACUACUUUCAGUCCACUGUGAAGUCUGCAGUGUGCCGCGGCAGCGCGCGCAAGUGAGGUGUCUGUGUUUGUGCGCUCGAUUGAAGCAGUUGUAACUUCCACUGUGUGCUUUUCCAAUUCCAAGCAUCUGUCAGCAAUAAAGUGAGACGGAAGAAUACAAGUGCC